UUUGCGCAAAACAUAACAACCAACCGGACCUUAUAUGUAUGUUUUAUAUAUAAUUUUGAAUAUAAUGUUGAUGUGAAUAUAUUAAUAACUAAUAUAAUAUUGUUGAUAAGUGUUCGUUGCCACCGGUACGGUUCGCUAGUGUUUUGAGUUAGUUUUAUUUUGUUCGUGUAAAAUAAAUAUUAGCACAAUGCCGUCAAUAACCCACUACCGCAUGUUGGGCAACGCGGCCUCGCUGGCGGUGCAUUUGUACACCUACCAGGAUAUGAUGGUGCGCAUCUCGCGCCAGCAGGACGACGAGGAGGUCCAGGACUUCAACGCCAGGCAGUACCAGUACAUCACUAUCUGGACCUUUGCGUUCCAGCUUAUCUACCUCGCUCUGGGUCUGACCACAGACGUGAUGGCGCAGCUGAUCGGCGAGAGGAAGUCCAUCGUACAGCAGCUGCAGAAGAUCAGAGAGUUUCUGUUCAGUGCCUUGGUGUUUUCUAGCAGUAUGGUGGUAGUAACAAUCUUCUGGCCAUUCUUCUUCUACGACCACCUGCUGGUGUGUCCUCCGUUUAUGGACAAGAUGAUCAGCCCUGCCAACAACAUCGUGCUGCACCUGUUUAUCGCGCCCGUUGUCUUAUGGGAGCUGGCAACGUUGCCGCGAGAGGCACCCAAGAGUCAUAAGACCAAUAUGACUUGGUUGAUGUGCUAUGCCAACUUUUAUUUUGUUGUGAUCUUCACCUCGUACUACUUCACCGGAGUCUGGCCUUACCCUGUCCUGUACAAAAUGCAGGGUACCAUCUGGUUCUACCUGUACUUCUUGUCGCUUAUCGUCCUCGCCACCUUCUACUACUACCUGCAGUGGCCGCUCACCAGGUUCUGCCAUCAGAAGAAGACUGCUAAGAAGAAUUGCUAACUUCACAAGUGGUGAUAGAGUUCUGAGUAUAGUGUUUGAUGAAAAGUUUAGCUAUAAUUAAAACACAUGAUAACGGGUUCUUACCGCGUUUAAAGUAGGGAUAUGAACAAGCGGCAAAGAAAGAGGGUAGACAGAUAUGUCUGCCCGUAGAAAAUUAUGGAUCUACCUACUCCACUCCAAUCUCAUCAGUCAUCCCGUGAUCAUGGCACUUGCAACAGUGUCGAAAUAUCGGGAGUCUCAUAUCCUUACUUUAAACGCGGUAAGAACCCGUUAUUAUGUGUUUUAUUUAAGAUAAUAACUGAGUAAACUUAAAACAAAGUUUAGAUAUUCUGCUAAGAAGAUUUUUGUUACGCCAACACGAGUGUGUUAUCAACGGUCUUUCGUUAUGACCUUCGUAGAAUUCACCUUGGUCUUUCAUUGACUUAAGCUGAAAGCAUAUCAGGAUUCUUCUGAAUCGUACGCGUAAUAACAUGGAGUAGCUAAUUUACUAUCUUCCAAUUUAGUUCAAUGUAAAUUAUUGUUUAUUCAAAAUCAAAUCAAAUCAUUUUAUUCGCAUAGGAUUCAUGGUUUUGUAAACAGUUGGUAGGUUUUAUGCUUUAAGUAUCACAUGAUCCGUUAGAAGCAUGCGAAAAUAUAGGAGGUAUGUAGGUAGGUGCUUAAUUAACUAAUAUGAACCUACUUACUAACUUAACUAAUCUAAUAAAAAAUAAAAAAGUAAAUUUACAAUAAACAAUUAACAGUCUCAAAAAUCUCUAAACAUUAUUAAUAUUCAAAUUCUAAGCAUCUUCAAAAUAAUCUUACAAUAAUAAUUAUUUAUCACAUAGCCAAUUAUACAGUUUAGAUUUAAAAUAAUUCUCUUGCUAUUACUUUUUUGUGUGUACAUAAUUAUAAUAUAUAUUUUUGUAGUCUUAUAAAAUGUUUGGUAAGUAGCUUAUUUGCGCUAUGAUUAAGAAACGUGAUAAUUAGUGUAAGUAAGUAGGUAAAAAAAAUGUUUUGUAAUUGUAUAAUAAUUGUUUUUUGAAUGUCGAUUUAUUUUAAUAAUAAUUC